UAGAAAGACUGAUCAAGCUAUCCUGAGAAGCAAAAACGUCUCCAAGCCAUAGUCAAGAUGGGAAAUAACGUGCUAGACAAAUCAACAAGCUUUGGUACUUGUUGCGCAUGACAGGUUUGCCCUUUUAGUAUGAUCGAUGUGUUUCGUUCGUCUAGUAGCAUUACAGGUCUAGCGUAUUGUGCUGAUUAGAGCAUUGCAAAUUUUUCCAGAACACAGCUAUGAAAUGCUUCUCAUAGGGUUCCGCAUGACAAACGUUUUGAGCAUGCAGAUUGCUAUUGGGUGAGGACGUGGCUUUUACACAGGAUACAAGCGACACGAGAAAGAAGGAAACGCCGACCGCGCAGAAGAGGUCCGGCUAUGGAAAAUCAAAUGGGAAACGACAGGUGGAGAUAAGUUUUAUCCUGUGCAAAAGUAUCGUGGUCUAAUAUUAACAAUAAUGCAUGAUGACUCUGUUUUCUUGACAAGCCUGAAUCUCGUGCAUCCGCAUGGUAGUACAUACGAAAGAACUUCAUUUUCCGCUUUGGUGGAGAAUGAAUUUGUCAUGCAAUUUGUACAACUAGUCUGAAGAUGCUUUUGCAAUGCAUAAGCAAGCCGGAGAUGCUCCUUCGCGCUAGCCGGGAUUUCGGACUAGAUGCUAAUGCGGUGAGAAGUGACUCGAAAGUUUCCAUAUUGGUUUUCUGAAAGUUUUAGAACUAGGAUCGGGGUCGUCUUCAUAGCAUACACAGAACAAUCGUAAAUUGUACAAAAAUAGCGGAUAAUUUAUAGAAGAAGUGUUACUAGAAUCAGAUUCAGAGAAAAUAUUUCAACUCGAAGAUAAAAAAGUACUACAGUACAGCUACACGGUAAAUUCAUUCACAUCUACUUGAAAAAUUUCGAAUUGAUGUUGUAUCUAAAAGGCCGUCGUGCACAGAAACAGUGGACAGUACAGAUUUGGAUAGAAAUGAAGAGUUUCAAGCUACCGAUGAGCAUCGCUCACGCAAUAGAAAAAUGCACUGAAUAAAUUUGAAUCGACUCAAAAAAUAUGUAUUCUAAAGGAGCCAUCUCGUACGCCAACAGUAACAGAGUGCAUAGUUGUACAUAGAAGUAAAAAAUGCAGAAAAUGUACAAAGAAAACCGAAAUAGGAAAGAAUGACACCAAAGACAAAAUUACCGUAUUACAAUGGAUGUAGAUGCAAAACGAAAAACUAAAGCGAAACAAUAGUGUCUCAUAGAUAAACACCGAGUGCUAGGUGAAAAUAUCACGGAGUAGAGGACAUUCUUGCAAAAUUGAAGUAAUUGUAACUGGAAACUGCUCUGGAGUAAAUGUAACUGUAGAAGCGUUGUAAUAGCAGACCACACUACGACUUGGAAAAGGGAAUGCAAAAAUCAUGGGCAUGAAGCUCCACGUAGGAAAACUGUCACGGUCGGCUCGACUGUAAAGCGGCCGUGGUCAACUACUUACCUUGUGCUAG